AUGACAGCAGACAAAGAAAAAGACAAAGACAAAGAGAAGGACAGGGAUAGAGACCGGGACAAGGAGCGAGACAAGAGAGACAAGGUGAGGGAGAGCGAGAACUCGCGCCCUCGACGGAGCUGUACGCUGGAAGGAGGUGCCAAGAAUUAUGCAGAAAGCGACCACAGUGAAGAUGAGGACAAUGACAACAACAGUGCCACCACAGAGGAGUCCACCAAGAAGAGCAAAAAGAAACCCCCCAAGAAGAAGUCCCGAUACGAGAGAACGGACAACGGUGAAAUAACGUCUUUUAUCACCGAGGAUGAUGUUGUGUACAGGCCUGGAGUGCCUCACAACUACAUGAUCAACCUGAAGAAGUCGAUACCAUUCCUGUUGGCAGGUUGCAGAAGUAAACGGGACCACCUCCUUAUGAAUGUCAAAUGGUACUAUCGCCAGUCUGAAGUCCCAGAUUCAGUCUAUCAGCAUUUGGUUCAGGACAGACACAAUGAGAAUGACUCUGGACGAGAGCUUGUUAUCACAGACCCAGUUAUCAAGAAUCGAGAGCUCUUCAUUUCAGAUUAUGUUGACACUUACCACGCUGCUGCCCUCAGAGGGAAGUGUAACAUCUCCCAUUUCUCUGACAUAUUUGCUGCUAGAGAGUUUAAAGCUCGAGUGGAUUCAUUUUUCUACAUACUGGGCUAUAAUCCAGAGACAAGGAGGCUAAACAGUACCCAAGGUGAAAUCAGAGUUGGACCCAGCCAUCAGGCUAAGCUGCCUGAGCUGCAGCCGUUUCCUUCCCCAGAUGGUGACACGGUGACACAGCAUGAAGAACUUGUGUGGAUGCCAGGAGUCAAUGACUGUGACUUACUUAUGUACCUUAGGGCAGCAAGGAGCAUGGCAGCUUUUGCAGGCAUGUGUGAUGGAGGCUCCACAGAAGAUGGUUGUGUUGCAGCUUCCCGCGAUGACACUACACUUAAUGCACUCAAUACACUACAUGAAAGUAACUAUGAUGCUGGAAAAGCCCUGCAGCGCCUGGUGAAGAAACCUGUGCCAAAACUGAUUGAGAAGUGUUGGACUGAAGAUGAAGUG